AUGAACUUUAAACACACACUUUUGGCCUUAACGGCGCUGCUACUCGCUGUGAGCGCCAUGGCAGCUGACACCAAAAUGGAGGAUAAAAUGGAAGAUACUACCGAAUCUCCUGUUGUUGACUUUGCGGUGAUAGAGCCCGCACCCAAAACCUCAACUGAACGUCCACCCACCGCUGCCACAACAGCACAAAAGGCAUCGCCAUCGGUAAAAAGCGGGCAACCACAAGUGGCGCAACCCCACACGGUCGCUGACUUUAUUAUUCACCCACUGAUCGCAUUCAAGCCACGCGCGCCUGAAGAAGAUAUCGCAGGGAAACAAGCCGGCGACUCUUCCUCUACAACGCCUUCUCCUUGGACGCUAUUUGGUUUCAAUGCCGGUCAGGGCUUGGGCUCAUCAGUCUCCAACUCAGUGUCUAAUCUUGCUGGCUCCGUUAGUGGUUGGUUGACCGAUCGCAUUCAGCUGCCAGGUUUAGUGGAUUCGCCAGUGCGAGAGUCGACCACCACCAGCACAACAACGACGACCACCACAACACAACGGCCGGAUGUGGUAGUACGCGUGCAACAUAAAGCCUCCACUCGUCGUCCACUGAUUUCAAUCACAAAUGAGAAUCGUCCACAACGCUUCCACAAUAACAACCUUAAUUUUGUGUCCGAUGAAGAAGAUGAUGAUGACGAUGUCGAUGAAGAGUUCGAAGAAGAGGAACCGAAUGUGGAAGAGGAAAAUGUCGAUGAGGAGGAAGAAGAAGCUACACGCCCAGUACGUCGCCCACAACAGAAGCGCCCACAACAGCAGCGUCGCCGUCGCCCUGUUAUAGUGGAUGAUUUCUCCGAUGAAGAAGAAUACGAUGAUGAUUCACAGGAAAGUAACGAUGAAGACGAACCCGAGGAUGAUGACACCGUCGACGAUGAAGACGAUUUAGAAGAAGACAAUGUUCAACUUCCUAACAUACGUCGCCAACAAAACAAUAUCAAUCGCCGUCGUCAGCAACCGCAGCGCCGACGCCUGUAUGCAGGUCAAAACUUCGCUGUGCGUCGCGUUCAAAAGCCCAAUAAAAGCGACGAAGUGGAAGAUGACGACGAGGAUUUUUACUAUCGCCCAUCCACCAAACGCUCCCAAAAUGAGGCGAAUUUUUUUCAGCGUGGCCAAGAAAACAUUAUAAAUCAGCUGCGACAACUAACAGGCGGUCGUACUCCCGCUCAGAUUGGCAACUUGGUACGAAAAUCCACGAAACAAUCGGCUAACACCAAGCCAAAGCAACGACAACAAACGACACUUUUCGUCAAUCGUAAUGGACAGACUGUCUACUUGGCGCCUGAGCUUCUAAACGCCGAUCUUCCAUUUGUUAAUCCACAAGUGCACUAUCUGAAACCAGACGGUGCACAAGCUCCAUCCAAGCGUAAGAAUGCACCCACCCAAUACAUCACCAUUCCCUGGUCACAAUUGGGCAUUUCACCACCGGAUCAAUUGCACGCUAUCACCGAAGGUGUGCAAACCCAGCCUCUCAUACUCAACAUACCAGCCAGCGCUAUUAAGACACUACAAAGUCAAAACGGCAAACGCAAAAAGCAACCGGUCAUCACCGCCGAAGCAGUACCACUCUUAGCUGAAGCCUCCAUAAUGGAUGUUUUCAAGCCACCCAAGAUACCACACGACCGUCACACCUCCGAGGAGGCUACACCAAAGCCCAGCAACACCGGCAUGCCCGUUAUAAUUGCGUCUAAGACAAAGCCAAGUAACGGCAAUACAGUAACUAUUCUACCACAACGCAUACGUCCCGGCACAAUCGUUGAGAAGGCACCCACUAGCGCAGAUAGUCCCCAAGAAGCUUCCGAAGAGAUGACUGCACCUGAGUCAGUGCGUAACGUCGAAAGUGAAUACAUACUCGUCGGUGAGGACAACGAACAGGGUCUGACACGACAAGUGAAGCCAGUUUACGGUGAGGGGCGGUAUGUUUAUGGCGGUAAAAGCUCACCCUACCUAGAGUUAUUGCAACAUCACGGUGGCUAUGCUGUCCGCAGAACGGGACGUGAGCUUGAAAUACCAGCACAGGAAACAAGCAACAAUGAGCAGUCAACCAAAGGAGAGCAAUUAAUACCUGUACAAAUUAUUAACGAACUCUCGGAGGAGACCAAACUGCAUAGCGAUGAGAAGAAAGAAGCUGUAGUAACUCAAGAAAAACCACAGUCUGAGCCAGAGAGCACACAGAGUGAAGCUCAAGUAGAAGCACAGGAAUUACAACAGCAGACGCUAGGUGGCGCGCUGCCUUUGGAUGUGCCUCUAGAGGAGAACAAGGCCAAUGAGCCAGUAAUGAUUGCGUAA